AAAUCAAGUUUAGAAAAUGUCGUUAUGUUGUCUGGUCCACCGUGCUCCGUAAGUCAAGUCAGAUUGUAGGGAAGUCUCAAUACUAUAAGAAGAUGUACAAGAAUCAGAAAGACUUUUGCAGGGUAUGCCCAGCUGAAUUGUACAAAGAAAAUCCAGAAUUUGGAUUGAGGGAUAUCUGUCUGCACAUAUAUGGUCUAUUGAAAAAGGGUAAGAGGGUUGUCAUAGAUGAUGUAAGUGAUCAGCACACCACCAGAAAGGCGUAUUUCACAGCCAUCAAGAAAAAGUUCCCUGCCUGCAAGGUGAAGGUGGUCCAAAUCCGCCCAAAGUACGGGGAGUUUCAGUGUCAGUGGGCUGCCCAGUUUGCCGUGGCCUCCACUCCAGACAGUAGGGAAACUCUGGACAACAAACAGGCUGAGAUACACAAGUGGUUUGAGUCUGAUCCAGCUGCAUCAGAUUCACAAGAAACCACAGACAGUUUGACAGUGGUAAAGGAAAGCCUUCCUUUGACAGCAGUAACUAAUUAUAAGCUUGAGGUACCAGCUCUCUUCUUCCAAUGGGAGGGCCUAAACACAGACAACAGAAACGCCCUUCUCACAGCACAGCUUUGUCAGGGAUGGGCUACAGCUAACAAAUGCGGGAGAGUGUUCAUUGUUUGUGAUGGAAAGAAUGUCAGCAAAGGUCUAAUUAAUCAACAAGAAGAAAACUUUUCUGUGAGAACUUUCACAAAAGCUGUUGCUCAACAGGUGAACAUCCCAGUGUAUGUAGUGCAGCUGACGGACCUGGCACAGGCAGGGAGUUUCUGUGUCCCCCAGGAACCAGGAAUACUGGCCUAUUUACAGAAGAGACACUGUCUCCACUUACACUGUAGGGCCACCCAGUAUAUAUAUGCCACUGCCUCACACAAAGCCAUGGCCGAGAGGGCAGGAGUUCGACACAUCAAGAUAUCUCAAGUUCUCCACCAUCCUAAGCUGCUUGUGUCAGCUCAUAGCAGCUCAACCCCAAGGAUACCUGAGCUGCUGCAGCACCUGGUGGUGGAGGCCGGGGAUGAGGAGGAGGAGCCGGCAGAGAUCCCCCUCUACAGUCACCUGGAUGACAUGGAGAACGGCUGCGUCAAGAUGGAGCUGCCUGGCGGCAGGAGGGAAAUGCUGUUUGCAAAGAACAUUCAAGUUGUCCAAAAUUAUCAAAAUGACUACCUCAUGUCUGCCACACAUGUUGGACAAGCUGGAAGUUUAAUCCAUAACGAGAGACAGAACAGAUCUGUACCAUCAGAAACACCCCCAUCCCCGACAUCCGUGUCAGAUGUCCCCACCCUGUCCAGUGACUCCAGCACAGGGUCAACAGCAGCCCUUGUGAGGGACCUGCCAGGUUGGAUGCUGGGGAAGUCCAAGAAGAGCCCAGCGCCAUCUUUGUCCAAGAGUGACAGUGCAAGCUCUACAGAGGGAAGAUCAAGGUUUCGGAACACUGUGUAUGUAAUGACAGAACUGGAGUUGGUGGAAGCAGCUAAACAAGUUCUGAAACAGGGUGGGCGAGAAGAUCUGCUUGAGGUUUUUGAAAAACAAGCAAAGGAGGAGACAGGUAUAGCUGCUGGUGUUCCUACUCCAAACAAGGACCAAACACACAAGUCAAAGGUUGUACCGGAGGAAGAGUUUGAAGACAUGCUGGCUGUCCCAACACUGUCCACUGAUCUUGCCUCCCCCAGAAAAAGACGGAUGCCUGCCCCAGAACAUUCUGCAGGUGAAUCCACCGGUCUUCCAUCUCCAGCAAAGAUGAGGACUGUGGAGGCUGCAUCUCCUGGACUGGGGAGGAGGAGACAGCCGGAGUCUCCUGCACUGGUCGAGGAUGUGGUCGGGGGUUCUGAAGAAAACAGCGGGGAGGAGGGAAGGAGUGGGGUUCAAGGGGAAGGUGAUACAGAGGAAUCUCACCUCAGGUCAAGGAAGUGUGUAAGUGAUGUGCUGAACUCAAUCUUUGACUGAAUGACAAAUCUUUGUAAUAAAUGGUGCUAUAUUUUCUAUACAAAUACUGUUCUAUAUAUCUGAAAUUGAUGUUGAAAUUGUAUGAUUAAAUAUCAUUAACAAUG